GGCACUAAUAUGCAGCACUGAUAGGUGACACUGACACUGAUGAUGGGUACUGAUAGACGGCACUGACUGGCAUCACUGCUGGGCACUGACUGGCGGCACUGACUGGCAGCCCUGCUGGGCUGCACUGGUGGGCAGCACUGGUGGGUGGGCACAUGUGGGUGGCACUGAUGGGCACAGGUGGGUGGCACUGGUGGGCACAGGUGGGUGGGCACAGGUGGGUGGCACUGCUGGGCACAGGUAGGUGGCACUUCUGGGCACAGGUGGGCGGAACUUGCGGGUGGCACUGCUGGGCACCGAUCAUCAGGGCACUGAUCAUCAGUGCCCUGAUGAUCGGUGCCGAUCCUCGCUCUGACAACUGCCGGUUCUUGGCAGUACUUUCCUCAUGAUCUGACAGCGUGAGGAAAGUGCAGCCGAGAACCGGCACUUGCAU